AUGAUUUCACUUAAGACUGUUCUUGCUAUCUUUGCGGUGCUGCCGGGUGGCGUUUACGCCCGAGAAUGCACAACAACAACCAACAAUACCCCACUCACCAUCUCGACACCAUCUGAUCUAACCGUCUUCGACGGCUGCACGUCCAUCACCGGCGACAUCGUUAUCGACACCUCGUUCAGCGGCUCCUUCAUCCUUAACGGAGUUACUCACUUCAAUGGGUCGAUCUCCAUGGAUGAGAAGGUCUGGGCCAUUGACCUCCUCGCGAUUGAGAUGGUCGAUCUCCUGGAAAUUACGAGGCUGAGGCUCCCGCAGUCGUGGGGCCUUAAGAGUCUGAAUCUCAUGAAUGUUCAGCAUGUGGAGGAGCUAUCGUUUAUCCAAGGCGUACAGGACGCUGUGUUUGAUCUAAAUGCGCUAAAGUCCGCGGGGAGAAUCGAGAUGGCGGGAUUGUGGACGAGCAUAUCCCUCCCCACGCUAGAAACAGCCUCUAGCCUCACAAUCGCCACAGAUCCCUCCUGGAACCCCACGCCGCGAGCCCCGCUUCGAAUCCACCUCCCCUCGCUAAGAGAAGCGGGCUGGAUGAGUAUCCGCGGCUAUGUGAGCAGACUUGAGACACCGGAGCUGAAAACAAUUGGCACGCGUGAUAGCGCCGAGACGGAGCGGAGCGGGAUGGAGGUAUACGUGAACUAUACGGACCUCAAGGGCGUUGAAUUAGUUGCGUUGCAGAAGUUGUAUGGGGAGUUGGUGCUUGAGGGGUUUAUUUCGGGAGUAACUCUCGGCAUCAUGUCCGAGACAAACGCAACAAUCACAAUCCACUCCUCAUCCUCCAUGUGGAUAUCAUCUAGCCUGGAAACCGCGGGGGUGAUAGACAUCUCUGGCGAGCUUGAGACCAUCAACCUCGCAAACCUCAUCUCCGCCCAGUCCUUGACUAUUGACUCAACUACAACAACUACAUGCCCCUCAAACCUCAUCAAACUCUACGAGAACCUAAACUCCCCUUCAAAAGCCACGUUCUGCGAUGACGGGUCUACCUCCACAUCGACCUCAAGCCUCGGCGACGAGCUAUUUGACGACGAUUCCUCACCAGGAUAUACACCCCCUUCCUUCGACGACCUCUAUGGCAACUCGGACUCCUCCUCGCCAAGCUCGCCCCGGAACCACGGGAUCCCAACGGCGGUCAUCGUGUGUAUCCCGCUGUUUACUUUCUGCGGAUGCAUGAUUGCGGUGUUUUGCUGUGUGACCAAGUGUGGGCGGCGGAGGGAGAGUAGGGAGUUGAGGGAGGCGCUGGCGCAUGAGCGGGGGCAGGGAGGGAAUGCUGCCGGAACUGGACCUGUUGAUGUUGAGGCGGCGGUUCAGCAACUUCAACCUGCGAUUGUGAGGGAUCGAUUUAGUGGAAAUGGAGCUGGAUACGGAGCUGGACAUGGAGCCAAUAAUGGGCGUCCAUAUGGGCUUUAUGAGACGACGGAUGAUUUGCCGCCGGCCUACUCAGUUGAUAGCAGGUAG